CUCCACUCUCUCUAUUAUCUUCCUAUGAUAAAAGGUCUCUAAUAUCCUCCUACACUAUCGCUAACUAAUUUAGUAGAGAGUAUCGUAGACUCGCCGAAAAUGGAAUCCUGUUGGCCGGAAAACUUGCCGUCAGAUAGGAGAAAAGCGAUCGAUGAGCUGGUUAAAGGUCGCGAAUUUGCUAACCAGCUUAAAGCUUUCCUUUGCGAUUCCGCUGGAGAUGAUGGAUCUAUGACUGCUGAGGAUCUUGUAGUGAAGAUCUUGAAUACUUUCACCAGUAGUCUUUCUAUAUUGAAUAGAGUUGAGACUGAUGCGGUCUCACAAUUUCCGGCGAGUACUCAAGUAGGUUCGCCUUUUUGGGACGGCCGGAAGUCUGAAGAUUCCGAGGAGAGUAGUAAAAGUACUUCCACAAGGAAGGAUCGGAGGGGAUGCUACAAGAGGAGAAGGACUUCCCAAUCAUGGGUAAGAGAGAGUUCUGUUCUAGUGGAUGACGGCCAUGCAUGGAGAAAAUAUGGACAGAAAGUGAUCCUAAAUGCUAAACAUCCAAGGAACUAUUUCAGGUGCACUCACAAAUUCGACCAGGGUUGCCAAGCAACGAAGCAAGUUCAAAGAAUUGAAGAUGAACCUCCGAUGUAUCGAACCACAUACUACGGCCACCACACUUGCAAGAACUUGGUCAAGCCUUGUCACCUUUUCUUGGACGCUUCUGAUGAUGCAGAUGCUACUGAAUCUUCCAUGCUAUUAAGCUUUAACAGCAGUGCCAAUGGCAAUGGCCACCUGCAUCAUGACCACCCCACAAACAAACAAGAUACCCCAAUUUUCUCAUCCUUCCGAUCAAUAAAACAGGAGUACAACAACGAAUUGCCACGUAAUGAUGAUCAUCAUCUGACCCACAAGCAAUCAUCUUCCUCUGAUUAUCUUGUCACGCUUGAAGAUACAUUUGAUCCUGCGGAUGUGAUUUCUGGGGUUAACUCGUCUUGCUCCACUAGCACUACUACUGCCCAUCAUAGUUCGGACAUUGAUAUGAUUGGGACAUCUGUUCAUAAUCUCUUUGAUGAUGGUUUGGAAUGUUACUUUGAUUAUCAGUAGAAAAUUAAAUGUAAUUUCCAUGUAAAAAUUAGUUUUAGUUAUCAGGUAAUUACUUUUGCGUGCUUAAUUAUUGUAAACUAUACAUAAGCUCCUUUAAUUAAGUGUGACGCAGAACCUUGUUCUUGUGCAAUAUUUAAUUAAAUAAGUAGCUGCUUUAU